AGGCAGCCUUUUUCUUUGGACGAGAAGUUUAAAAUUGAUACAUUGUACUAUUUUUAUCUGCAAAUGAGGCAUGUGCCAUCUUAGCAAAUGUGACCGUUGCCCCCACAUUCAAAAUAAAUAAAAAUAUGGAACUAUUGUCAAAGACAAAUCAAUUCAAAAUAAAUAAAGCUUGAAAGAAAAACAGUAAUUGAUCACUUGCUCAAAAUUCUGUCUCUCCCUCAACAUGGAGCUGUUGAGAAGUGUAAUCUUUAGCAUUUUUACUGUAAUUUCAUUAACAUCACUUCCAAAGAGUGUCGCAUCAAGAAAAUGUGAAUUUCCGGCAAUAUUCAACUUCGGAGAUUCGAAUUCAGACACCGGUGGCUUCUCUGCAGCAUUUGGCCAAGCUCCGCCGCCUAACGGACAAACUUUCUUCCACCACCCGGCCGGUCGCUACUGCGAUGGCCGUCUCAUCAUUGAUUUCAUAGCUGAAAGCUUGGGGUUACCAUAUCUUAGUGCAUAUUUAGACUCGGUGGGUUCAAAUUUCAGGCAUGGAGCCAAUUUUGCAACGGCUGGUUCAACCAUUAGACCACAGAACACUACAAUUUCUCAAAGUGGUUACAGUCCCAUUUCUUUGGAUGUUCAAUUAAUCCAAUUCUUGGAUUUUAAGAAACGAAUCCAAAAAUUGCAACAUCAAGGUGGUGUUUUUGAGAGAUUGUUGCCUGAGCCAGAUUAUUUCUCUAAUGGAUUAUAUAGUUUUGAUAUUGGCCAAAAUGACCUCACUGCUGGUUAUAAACUCAACAUGACCACUGACCAAGUUAAAGCAUUUGUGCCUGAUUUGAUGUCCCAUUUAUCCAGCACUAUUAAGUCUGUUUAUAGUCAAGGAGGAAGAUCAUUUUGGAUACACAAUACAGGCCCAGUGGGCUGCCUUCCAUACUCUUUGGACCGGUUUUUAAUCACAGCAGCCCAAAUAGAUAAAUAUGGAUGUGCUAGCCCAUUUAACGAGGUGGCUCAGUAUUUCAACCAGAAACUGAAAGCAGCAGUAGUUCAACUCAGGAAAGAUCUUCCUCAAGCUGCCAUUACUUAUGUUGAUAUCUACUCUCUCAAGUAUACUCUAAUCACCCAAGGCAAAAAAAUUGGAUUCAAGGACCCUUUUGUAGCAUGUUGUGGACAUGGUGGGAAGUAUAACUACAAUACAAAUGCUAGAUGUGGAGCAAAGAGGAUUGUGAAUGGAAAGGAGGAGUUGAUUGCUAAUUCUUGCAAAGAUCCAUCACUUAGCAUAAUAUGGGAUGGUGUCCAUUUCACUGAGGCAGCUAACAAUUGGGUAUUCCACCAAUUUUUUAAUGGCUCAUUUUCAGACCCACCACUUCCAUUAAACAUGGCUUGUCUCAAUUCUUGAUUUAAUUGUACACAACAAUUUAAUAGUUUUUUUUAAUAAACAAAAAAGAAACACGUUUGUGGGAGAAUUUAAAUUCACGAUCGAACAGUUUGCUAUAUAAUGCUUAUACCAUUUGAGUUAUAACUCAUUGGUUUUAAUAGUAUUAGUUAAAUUGAUGAGUAGGCAGUUGUAUUGCUGAGCCUCAAGAAGCAAACUUUUAAUUGUAUGGUCCAUUGCUAGGCCUAAAACUAUGUAAUAUUAUUUAAAAUUUAAUUUUUGUUUGAUCUGA